AUGGCCGCCAUCUACGCGCUGCUUCCUUUCGUGUGCGCUGCUGUGGCCUCGGCCCAGCAGGCCUCGCCCUCGGUCGACUGGCAGAACACCACUGGCAACACUGCCCAGGCCUUCCCCACGGACGUCGGUCUGCUCGGCCCGACCUUGUAUGGCAAGACUCCUUUCCUUGCUCAGCAGGACAAGGUGAACUCGACCAAGCCCAACCCUGGUAGCUACGGUAUCGAGCUCCGCUUCCUCCCCAAGGACGCCGACAAGGACAACGCGACCUCGGCGGACAUCUACCGCAACCUCGGUCAGACCUCGCCUUACUUCCCGGCCGAUGACCUGUUCCCCGAGACGGCUGCCUACAGCACGGUCCCUAAGCAGUGCACCAUCAAGCAGGUGCACAUCCUCCACCGUCACGGCUCUCGUUACCCCGCUUCGGGCGGUGCUGGCCCUAGUGUCAACACCCUUGGUGAGAAGAUCUACAACGCUUCCAAGGCCGGUAACCUGAAGGCCAGCGGCGAGCUUGCUUUCCUCAACAGCUGGAACUUCUCGCUCGGUGCCGAGGUGCUCACCCACCAGGGCACCCAGGAGCUCUUCGACUCGGGUGUCAAGCACUACUACCAGUACGGCAAGCUCCUCGAGAACCUUACCGAGCACAAGCCGGUCCUCCGCACCACCUCGCAGAGCCGUAUGCUCGACUCGGCUCGCUACUGGGCUCUUGGUUUCUUCGGCUGGGACGCCCCGUCGAAGUCCAACAUCGAGGUUCUUAACGAGAUCAAGGGCCAGAACGACACCCUUGUGCCCUACUACGACUGCAACAACUCGUUCUACCUCUCGGACGAGAUCCUCCCCAUCUGGCGCCAGCAGUACCUCAACAAGACCAUUCCCCGCAUCCAGAACCAGGUGCAGGGUGUCAACUUUACCUACAACGAUGUGUACAACAUGCAGAGCAUGUGCGCUUACGAGCUCAACGCCCUCGGUUACUCGAACUUCUGCUCGCUUUUCACCAAGCAGGAGUGGGAGGACUUUGAGUACGACAUCGACAUCAGCUUCCAGGCCAACAACGGUUUCAUGAGCCCCGGUGGUAAGGCCAACGGUAUCGGCUGGGUCACCGAGUUCCUUGCCCGCCUGACCAACAAGAGCUUCACCGGCCCCCAGUCGGAGCAGAACUCGACGAUCGACAAGAACUCGACCUACUUCCCGCUGGACCAGCCCCUCUACGCUGACUUCACCCACGAUGUCGUCAUCCAGUCGAUCCUUACUGCCCUCAACAUGACCCAGGUCGGCGACUACCUCCCCACGACCAAGCCCGACCCCAAGCGCCGCUACCGCGCUAGCCGUGUCACUCCUUUCGGCGCUCGUCUCGUGUUCGAGGUGAUGGACUGUGACGAGAAGAACUCGACUACUCAGUACAUCCGUGCCAAGCUCAACGAGGCUGUUGUCCCUCUUAACCAGGACCAGGGUUGCGAGAAGCGCCCUGACGGUCUCUGCAAGCUCAACGACUUUAUCAAGUACCAGAACGACACCGCCUUUAAGGCCUCCAAGUUCGACCUGUUCUGCUUCGGCAAGAACGGUACGAACUUCACUGUCACCGGCCCCGUCCACAUGGGUGCCCUGACUGACGCUCAGAUCGAGGCUGGCCAGAAGAACGCCUCGAGCCACGGUGGUGCCGCGGGUGCUUCGUCGGCCGCCUCGUCGAGCGGUGCUUCGUCGAGCGGCUCCUCGUCGAGCGGCUCCUCGUCGAGCGGCUCCUCUUCGAGCGGCUCCCCCUCGAGCAGCGCUUCGUCGAGCAAGGCCUCGUCUGGUGCUAGCAGCGCCUCCAGCAGCAAGUAA